AUGCACUCCACAAAUAAUAGUCAGCGUAAACAUAUUGCUCGCAAGAUAUAUACGCCAACUCAAAAGUCGUCAGCUACAAUUACAAAAUAUUAUCUAUUGUUUUUCAAUGAAACUGAAACAUAUCAAAUUGUAGCUAAAAGUAGUAUCAAAUGCGUUGACGAUCAUGGUAUAGCUACAAUCACAAUUAAUAAAAAACAAAUCAAAGGAAAAAUUAUUCUUACUGAUUCCUUUGAUGAAUGUGAGAAAGAAAUGAGCCGAAGAACACGUCUUUCUCAACAGGAUAACAAUAAUGAUUUUGAUUCUCAAAAAGAUGAUGCUGAUGUAGAGAAUGACGUCGUAACAGUUGAUACACAACAUCAAAUUUCAACUCAAUCUCAGUUUCCACAUGAUUCAUUAGCUAGACUGAAUUACGAAUCAGCAUCAGAUGAUAGUGAAAAAGAAAAUGAAAAAUAUAACGAAGAUGAUGAGUUAUCAGAUCAAUACGUCAAAUCAAUAAAAAAGAAGAAUACAAAUAAAAGAAAAUCCACAACUGAUCAUGCUGGUAAAAAAAGAAAAAAAAUUGUCAAAGAAGGUGAUGAACAUGUUCAAUCUAGAAAACUAGACACACAAUCUGAAAUAAGUUAUUCUGGUGUUUCUAUUUUGAACGCUAUUGAAAACAAAUUCUUAGGACUGGAAAACAAAUUGCUCUCCAUUGAUAGUAAAAAUGACAAACAAAUGGCGCAUUUAACUAAGAAAAUCGAUCAUCUAACAGCCUCAUCCAUAUAUAACAAGGUGGUGCUUGAUCAAUAUCGUGAUCAAACAAAUGAAGAGUUUGAUAAAGAAUUGAUGUAUGAAGAUACUAAUCUAUUAAGAACAGUAGCAUCAUCGUUUGGUGAUUUUGCGCGCAAAACCAUGCGACUUGUAUUUAAUGCGCAUGAAUUAACAACACAAAUUCUUCCUCCACAAAGACAUUAUCUAGCUCGAACAAGUUUAAAUGAGAAAAAAUUCCAAUUAGUAAAUGAUGCUAUUCGCAUCAAGUUCAAGAUUGAUAGUACGAAAUAUGCUGCAUUUUAUAAAAAUAUUUUGAGAAGAAAAUUAUCUGAUUUUCUUAUUGAAGAACGUCGUCGAGGAUUAAAAAGGAUUGGUCGUGAUCAUAUUCAAAAUGAAACUAUGGAAAAUUCAUCUUGA